AACUCUGCAAGCUUCCCACCACUAUCUACAGGCGUUGCAACCGUUGGCCCCUCUUAGUGCAGGCCUCAAGGUUACUGCCAAUCACAUGGCCAUGGGCAGAGACUGGAGAGAUGGGGGUGUCCUCCACUUUUCUACCCCCAGCCAGGGUGCACACGAUGGCACCGGCCGCCAUCCGCAGGGAGGACUCCUGGAGGCACAGAUGGUCCUCAGUCAACAGGCCCAGCGAAGAAGGAGAGCCCACCAGAGACGAGUCCGAGAGCAGCGGGUUCACGAGAGGACAAUCUACAUAGAUAAUGUUGAAGCACCUAGCGGCAAAGGGAUACAGAGACUGCAUCUGCUGAACAGACCAACCCAAAGGGACAUAUUUUGGGAUGAGAUGACAGGAGAGAGUCUUGAUCUCAAGGAGAUCCUCCAACCAAGCCCCCUUCCCCUGGAGCAGGGAGAGAGACAGCAGUCCCAGCCUGGACCACCACAGUGCCUGUGUAGGGAUGAGGAGCUGAUCAACAGAGACUUGGCAUGGGGAGGCCUCAGGAGUCCUCACCGGAAAACAAAUACUCUCACAGACAGAGUGGCAGGGGAGACAGAUGGUGGACUGACCAUGAGGAAAACCUUACCUUCGAUGCUGGACUGGAAGACAGAGAAACAAAGAGAUACAAUUCCCAAACACUUGAGCUCUUUCGGGGAUAGCGAGAGGGCUAGUAAGAGGCCUCUGAGAGGCUGGCAGAGAGAGGGCAUUAGAGGUCUAUGUCAUGGAGAGAGAGGGAUUUGGGAACCUGACCUGGAGUAGGAGCUGUUUGAGAGGUUUACUAAUCUGGAUUAGAUCUGAUCUCCAAUCUCAGUUUGCAAAAUGCAAAUGGUGUAUAGAUGGUCACUUCAUUUUGAAAAGCAGAAAUUGUAGCUCAUUUAUCUUUUAAACUGUUAGCAUUUUUACUGAAUGAUCACAUGGCAAACUAAAAUAUUGGUUUGUCAUAACCAAACUAUUUCAGAGAAUGUGUCCACCACCAGUGUUAAACUAUCACCUGAAUGUAUUCAUAGGGUUGCUUUAUUAAAAUAGCAGCUGUGGUUAAAGUCUAGGAUUGCUUCAUUAGAAUAGCAGAUGUGGUUAAAGUAAGUCUCAUUAUGGGAACAAAUCUGUUUUCCAUAACAAAUAAAUGUGAAAGUGAAAGUGAAUCAGUGAAUCAGUGUGAAUCAGUGUGUUAUUAUUCCAGCCUGUUUGAAGUCAGUGUGUGGCGCCCUCUAGGGUUGAUAGUGAUACUACAGGUGUGGAAAGGUCUAACAUUAGCUUGAUGUAACACCAGAGUAAUGUUGAG